AUGAAUGACUGUGUCGGAUGCUCAGAAGGUCACUAUCCAAACAAAGACCAAACACAAUGUAUUCCAAAGACAAUAAGCUUCUUGAUGUUGGAAGAACCUUUGGGGAUGAGCUUAGCUUUCCUCUCUGCCUUUUUCUCACUGCUCACAAUAUUGGUCCUAGUCAUUUUCAUUACACAUCAGAACACACCACUCGUCAGGGCCAACAACCGGAAUCUGACUUACAUGCUCCUCACCUCUCUUCUGCUCUGCUUUCUCUGCCCCUUCAUCUUCAUCAGCCCCCCGAGCACAGUGACUUGCCUUCUUCGACAAGUGACUUUUGGUAUCAUUUUCACAGUGACUGUUUCUUGUGUGUUGGCCAAAACCAUCACUGUGGUUCUGGCCUUUGGGGCCACCAAACCAGGAUCCAGAAUGAGGAAAUGGGUGGGGACAAGACUGGCAAGCACCACUGUGCUUUCUUGUUCCCUUAUCCAAAUUGGUAUUUGUGCUGUGUGGUUGGGAACAUCUCCACCUUUCCCCAAUUCUGACUCGCACUCUGUGACGGACAAAAUAAUACUAGACUGUAAUGAAGGGUCGGUUGCCAUGUUUUACUGUGUCCUGGGCUACAUGGGCUUCCUUGCCUUUGUCAGUUUUGUUGUAGCAUUUUUAGCCCGGAAACUGCCUGACAGCUUUAAUGAGGCCAAAUUUAUCACCUUUAGCAUGUUGUUGUUUUGUAGUGUUUGGGUCUCUUUUGUUCCAGUGUACCUGAGCACCAAGGGGAAAUACAUGGUGGCUGUGGAGAUCUUCUCCAUCUUGGCCUCCAGUGCUGGCUUAUUAGGUUUCAUCUUUUCCCCCAAAUGCUACAUCAUUGUGUUGAGACCUGAUCUAAAUGACAAACAGCAGUUAAUAAGGAGGAAACAGUAG